AUGAUACUGAUGCUCUCGAUUCCUUCUUCGACUAUCGUGGCCAAAUUCAUGAAAAAAGCCCCUUCAAAGUACCAGCGAGGUUGCUUUCCGGGGAGAUUACUUUCCGGCGAGAUUGCUUUCCUGGGUCGCAUCUUUCUCACAUCCCCUGGCAAUGUUGCCAUAGUUCAGAAGCGGCCCAAUUUCCGAUACUGGAGACCAUACGCGCCCAUGUCCUUCGUGGACCCCUCACGUCCUGUCCGCUGUCAUCAACUUGAUACUUUGACCACUAUUCUCAAUUUGACGGACAUGAGCUUGAGCCAGUCUUCGCCGCCGACCCAGGCAGCAACCGCCAGAGACGGAUCGAUAUCAGAGCAGACUCCUCUUCUGGCUGGCCAGUCCCAGCCGCCGGCUGAGGAGGAGCCAAGCACCAAGCGACUGCUUCUGGUUCUCUGCGGCAUCUGGGUGGGAGUCUUCCUUGCAGCUCUUGAUAUUACGAUUGUCGCUACCCUGACAGGACCGAUAUCUUCUUCGUUCAACUCUCUUUCAUUAUUUUCCUGGCUAGCGACAGCUUAUUUAAUUUCCAAUGCCGCCUGCCAGCCGCUCUCUGGACGUCUGACUGAUAUAUUCGGCCGCAAGGCAGGACUAAUCUUUUCCAAUCUGGUCUUCGCUGCAGGUAAUCUGAUCUGUGGCCUUGCACAAAGACAGUGGACUAUCAUCUUAGGACGGGUUAUCGCCGGUAUUGGUGGGGGUGGUUUGACGGCCAUUUCGACGUUUGUCGCCUCAGACUUAAUUCCCCUCAGGAAGCGAGGAGUCUGGCAGGGCGUCGGUAAUAUAUGCUUUGGCGUCGGCAGCGGGCUAGGCGGCGUCUUUGGUGGCUGGAUCAACGACACACUGGGCUGGCGGUGGGCGUUCCUGAUCCAGAUCCCUUUUGUUCUGGCGUCGGCGAUCUUAGUGGCUUUGACCGUCAAGAUCCCCCCGAAAAACGCAAACAAGGACAAGCUCAGGCGCGUUGAUUUCCUUGGAGCAAUUACGCUGGUAACAGCGCUUGUCUUGCUUCUGCUUGGCCUCAACACAGGGGGUAACCAGUUACCAUGGACCCACCCUCUGAUUCUCACUACGCUUCCACUUUCAGCAGUCGUACUCGGGGCAUUCGUCUAUAUCGAAGCGAACAUUGCGUCGGAGCCAGUCAUUCCCGUUCGUUUGCUUCUCAACAGGACCGUAUUAUCGGGGUGCCUGACCAACUGGUUUACUACGAUGAAUGUGUAUGCGCUGCUUUUCUACCUACCGAUACUAUUCCAGGUUCAAGGCCUUUCAGCCACCGCUUCAGGAGCGAGAUUGAUUCCCCAAGCUAUCGGUACCUCCUUUGGGUCCUUGGGGUCCGGUGCCCUGAUGCGUUACAGUGGCCGCUAUAAGAUGUAUAGUCACAUCACUAUGCUGCUUCUAGUGGUCUCGUCGGCUUUGAUCUGUACCUUGAAACCUGAUACCCCGACGGCCCUCCCUCUGCUUUACUUCUUACUGGGGGGAGUAGCUUACGGCAGCAUGCUCACUAUCACUCUGGUCGCCCUCAUUUCUGCCGUCGACCAUGAGCACCACGCUGUUAUCACGUCGGCCUCUUAUGCCUUCCGCAGUACUGGCAGUUCGAUCGGUAUCACCAUCGGCUCCUCUGUUUUUCAGAAUAUUCUUAGGAGUGGUCUCUGGUCGCGCUUUGGAGAUCGUGAAAACGCACGGGAGGUGAUCUCGCGCCUCCUUGACAGCCUCCAGGAGAUCCAAAAAGUGCCGGCGGACUGGUUACCUGGCGUCAUGGAUGCCUACAUGGUUUCUCUGAGGGCUACUUUCAUUACGCUGCUUGGGCUUGCUGUUCUGGGAGCAUUGGUCAGUUUUGGAAUGCGAGAGCAUGUAUUGCAUUCGAACAUGGCUCGAAGGAAUGAGUAA